GGAUGUCACAUCAUUGUAACACUUAAAACGAUUAGAAAGAACUCGUGAAACUACUCACUCACUUUAUUUAAAGCUCCGGAUGAAUUAUAACAUGAGGAAAAUGUUAAGGAAUAAAUUUUUCUUCCUUUUCUUCAUAUUCUAUAUUUUAUUACUAUAAAUGAUUCUAAAGGACUCUAAGUGUUUUCAGAAUGUCAACGAUUGUCAGUUCUCUGUGCGUAUUAUUUUUGGUCAUAUUAUCGACACCGAUAGAAUCUAGAAUAGCUAUAGGCACACAUUGUGGACGAGUGAAGCUCAAAUCUGAGAAGGUGGUAAAACAUGGGACCGUAGAAAUUGAAUAUAUUCCGUCAAUUUACGUAACAAACAAUAUCAAACCAUACUGGGUACGCUCUGACAACACGAGUGCAAAGGCGUUAACAUUUGGUAAAGGUACUUAUGAACAGACACAAGAGCAAAAUAACAAAAAUGUGCUGACAAUAUACAUGUUCAGUGCUUCUAUGAAUGGAGGAUAUGGUGUUUAUUGCGAUGAAAGGUUACAGUACACAAAUAUUAUAAGCGUAGAAUUACCAGAACCACCCAGCGUACCUGUAAUAAAUGGAAUACAAAACAUAGAACAUUGCACGGGCUGCAUUGUUGGUGAGGAUAAUGAUAGGAUUGCACUUGCAUGUGAGAUACACGGUGGCUCCCAUCCUCUAAAUGUUACCAUAACAAUAGGAAAUGAAUCGUUUCCCGCGCAAAAAUAUCUUUCAACAACCUAUAAAGUAUUUUACACGGUUAGGGACCAGCAUCACAUGGAAAAUGUGAUAUUUUCAGUCAUGAACGGUGCAUUGUCGACACCUUUAAGUGUUACUGCUCAGAUGUUUGUUAUAAAACCACCAACGUUUCAUUUUUUGGUGCCGGAAAUUCUAAGAGAUGGAGAAGCUGUCACGUGCACAGUAGAAGGUGGAAGACCUAAUCCGAAUGUAUAUGUCAGCAUUUCAGGUUCAAAUGUAUCGUCUGCACAUCAUUUUUAUAAUCGGACAACAUCUUUAAAUACUAAUAUAAUCACUUUGACCACAUUCAAGAAGGAAUGGAACAAAGAAAACAUCACGUGCUGUCGAUACAAUAAAUGGUACAAAAUGAUGCAAAAGUGUUCACAGCAACAACAAGUUAAUUAUCUGUUUCCUCCCUCUGGUGUAAUGCUAGAAGUUAAAACUGUUGUCGAUUCACCUAGCCAAAUGUAUGCAAACUGUACUGUUUAUGGGUCGAACCCAGCAUGCAACGCUCAGAUAAAAGCGCCCAGUGGUAUCAUAGGAUCAAAGAGGUCAUCAACGAAUAUAAGUCAACCCCAUGGUGCGUGGAAUUCCGUGUCUGAAGUUAACUUGAAUGUCAGUGAAGAAGACAAUGGUAAAGAUGUAACUUGUGUGGUUGAUUGUGACGAGUUUUCUGUUGACCUUACAGACACUGUCAAAAUUCUUCUGCCUCAUAAAGUUGAUGAAGAAGAUAAGUACAAUAACAAACAGAGAACGACCGGCCAAGCGUCGGACAAAUCAAUAAUUUGGAUAAUACUGGGUGCAGGUGUACUCUUGGUCGUCAUCAUUGUCAUAGCGGUCGUGUUUGUUGUCUUCAGGAAAAAAGGUCAAACUCUUGAAGAUAAGAGAGAAGGUCGGGUACAUCACCAAACACAGGAGGGCCAUACAAGGUUAGGGUGUUGUACACGUUAUAAUUAUCUGAUGCGCGUUUACUGUAAUGUAUCGUAAUUAUCAACAAUAUCUGCAAUAUUAUUGUAAUUACUAUGAAACAUGUUCUUGUGCGAAUAACGUAUUGUAAUAACUGAAACUGUUUUUCAAUGAUUUGUACAAUACAGAGACACAUUAUUUACUUUUCUAUUUUAUAUUGUUUGUACACAACAACCAUUUUACUUUUUUACCAAGAUGUACUUUACAAAAGUCGGAAGAUUGUAAUUGUAGUUCAGAGUUAUGGGACUUAGAUAAUCACAGUGAACAAUAGUGCGUGAAGUUUCAAUCCAUUCCCUUUUGUAGUUAUAGAGAUACUAGCUUUCACGCAAACUCUUUACCACAUGGACGCCAACAAAUGGGUGACUGCAUUAGCUCAAUUAUUCUGUGAAUAGUCGAGCUAAAAAUGCUAUGCCACCGCAUUAAUACGACACUAAAUAGUGGUCAAGGUCACAAUUCACAUAGCCUAAAUUUCAUGACUGGCACUGAACAUCUUUACCACAAUAUUUGUCCUUAAAUUACAAAUCAAUACCUUCUUCUUUUUAAUCCAUAUAACUGUCUCCAUCCAACGUCACACAUGUUCUUUCCACAAACAGCAAACUGGUAAGAAACACUGUUUCUCAGCUGAGCAUAAAUGAAAUAUCUCUGCUUUUCUACAUCCAAUGACCAGUAAAAUUCUCUCUCCUUUAAAAUCCCAUCUACUGAGUAGUUACUACAACAGUCAUUUUCACAAUAGGCCUUCAUAUAAACCUCAUUUAUUGAUUCAAGUCUUGUAUGCUCAUAAUGCCUCUUUUAACUAAAUAAAAAAAGAAAUCCAUUUAUAGGAAUGAAACAUGUUAAACACUGUUACCUCCAGGUUCAUUUUUCCCGUGUAUUACAUUUUAGGGGUCACAUGAAAUUUAAGUGACAUGUCUAACCCUUUAUCUUAACCAAGAAUUAAUGAGAGCCACCGCUGAGGGCGGGAAACGCUCAACUUUCUUACUUUUUCUACAGCAAACAAUAGGUAAAAAAAAUAAAAAAUGUGAUUUGUCACAAUCUUUCUUUCAUAAAUUGUUGGACAAUAAUAAUUGAAAGGGUUGUGCAAACUAGUUUGUUUAGAAAAUGGAAUAAAUUGAUUCUACUCAAUUAUUGUGAUAUCACUAAUGAUCAUAUUGCUGAUAAUUUAUGUUUUGUAUAUAUUAAUUUAAAGUGAACUUGAAAUGUGUCAUUUAUUUUACAUAUUAAAGCCUCGGGAUUAAUGCUUAUUUUCAUGAAAAACUUGAAAAUGUAAUUAAAAGUGUAACAUUGUAAAGUAAUCAAAAGGAAGCAAUUUAAACAUUAUCAAUAACUGUUACAUCCCACUUUUAUUGCAAAAAGAGGUAAAUGUAUGUAAAUGUAUGCAAAAAUCGCCCUUACUGGGUUAGUUACGCAAUAAAAAUAUAGUUAGACACAAUCAGUCAAUGAAUUUAAGAUUUUGAAUUUACUGGCCCGAAUUCCAGUUUUAAAUUUUUUCUACUAUAUAUUUAUCUAAAUUUUUCUUAAAUUUACACUGGCGGGAACUAAUUUACACGGACCAUGGGCCACCGGACCAAUGCUUAAUUCGAUGACUACACAAUGAAAAAUUUAUCAAUAAUUGUUUAUAACAUGUAAAUUUUUACUUGCCUCUUGCAUCUUUAUACUUUUCAUAAAAUCUUAGAACAUUUUUUUGAAUUUAUUGAAUUAUUUUCUUAUCUGGAAGCAUGCUGCUUUAAACAGUUGUAACAAAUAAAGUCUUUGUCUCCUUGCACAAUAAAUGGCUCCAACCUGCACUCCAGGUCAAUGAAAAAGCUUACAUACCAAAUUUGGAGUCAAUCAAACUUAUAGUGACCAAGUUAUGCUCUGGACAAGACUAUUAUAUAACUGGAACUAUUGCUAAGUGCGUAAUGAGAUCUAUCAUCCGAUGAAGUUUCAAGUCGAUAGCUUUUAUAGUUUAUGAAAAAAAAGUAUGAAAAUUAACAAAGGGCAAUAACUCAAAAAUUAAAAAGUGCAGAGUAAUGAUUCUUGUGUACUGCACUUUGAGUUAUUCAUUAUUUAAAGAGGCAUGAAUACCAAGUUUGGCGCCAAUCAUACUUACAGUGACUGAGUUAUGCUCCGGACAAGCCUUCAGGGACGCCGCUGAUACAGACGCCAACACCGCCAGCAAAGGUAAUCCCUAUAUGUCGCCUUUUCAAGGCCACAUAACUAGAACUGUCAUCAAUAGAGACAAUAUCGAUAUAUCAUUGAUGUUUUUCUGUAUCGUCAAUAUACAAGAAUAAAGAAAAUCACCUUUUAAUACUGGUCUUUGUUGAUCAUCUAGACUAUUUAAAAGUGGCCUGCAGGAAUCCAUCCCUGUCAAAAAAAAAGAAAUAUUAUUUAAUUUUACCCAUGAAAUAUGAUGCUAUAUCAGUCAAAUAUAUGUCAUAUUUUUUAAAAUCUCCUAAAUUUGUCAUGUGGCGUUUUCCCAAAAAUAGAGAAAAAAGGCCUGAAUACAAAACAACUUUUUGUUGAAUUUUGUUUUGAAAACUAUCUAGAAUGAUAGAAAAUGGUCUAACUAAGAAAAUAAAUCAUAACACCAAUAUCUUUAAUUAAGUCAUUAACGCUGUACAGACGUUUAAAGUGUUGUUUACGUGACGUCACAAUGUAGCGCUAAAUAUUGCAUGUAUAAUAAUUAUAUUACUGCGAGCUGUACAAUUGCAGUUGCGUAACAAGCAAGGGGGUUGGUAACCAUUUUUCUUUGAUGAUGAAAUUAAAUAUGAGGGUUGUUUUUUCGGCUCGUGAAAAUGUGGCAUUUUAUCAUGUUUCGUGAAAAUCAUAUUCAAUAUUUCACUCAAAUGAAAAAUAUCCUCUUAGUAUUUGAAUAAAAAACCAUUCACUCUGAAUUGAAUAAAGUUAGACCUAACAUAAAUGUUGUUAUUUGUUUUUGCUCCCGCUACGUAUCCAUAGCUUCCCAAAAAAAAUGUUAUUGCCAGCCUAUUGAAAAUAUACCGUGAGGUUAGGUAAUUUUUAAAUUAAAUAAACUUCUUGCCUUGCUAAGAAAAUGAUAAAGGUAAUUCAAGUAUUACUACACCAUGGAUAAUUAUCAUAAUUAUUAUUCCAUUUUCACUUUCAUUUAUUGAGGUCAAUAUCACAUGAGUACAUGAAUAAUUUAAGAAAGCGUAACACGAAAGGUGAAAUUUACAUAAAUACCUAUUGUCAUGCCUUAAUACUUCACAAAUUGUUAGCAAAAUACCUGUUUUAACUAAGAACACCAAUAAUUGUAUUCAUCUUCACUUCUUUGUUAUGAAAUAUGAGUUUAUGUUAUAAAAUUUCUUUAAUUUUUUGUGCAUGGUUGCCAUUUUGUCAUACCUCCGGUUUAGUUCUAUUCAUAAUCUCAAAUCGGUCACAUUGAUAUAGAUGUUUUCUGAGGCAAUGUUGAGUAAUAGAUUAAUUGUUAUGUAAUAUUUAUUGAUUUGAAAUGUGUGUUUGUUCUAAUUAUAAAACAUUUUGACAUAUUUAUUUUCUAUUGUAAUUUCGAACCAUCUAAUUUGCAUACCAAAAUAGUCUGGUACUCAUUUGCAUACGCAAAGCUAAAACCAGCGUUGGUAUUCCAAACAAGAGGGCCAUGAUGGCGCUGAAUCGCUCCCCUGACCCAUCAACCGCAUCCAAGCAAUGUCUUAGACAAGCAUCCUGGACAAAUUUGAUAACAAUUGAGUCAAAAAUGUGACCUCUAUUGUGUUAAAAAGGUUUUCCUUAUUUGGGCAAUGUGACCUAAUUUUUGACUGGAGACGACCCAUAUUCAAACGCGACCUAGAAAUCAUCAAAACAACCUUCCUGACAAAUUUCGAUGA